CUUUGUUUCGCUGUUACUCAUGGAGAUAUCUCUCAGAUCACAGAUUUUCUGGAUAAUAAUCUCAGCAUACUUUAUCUCCUCGGUGUUUGGUCAAGAUGGAGAUCAGUUUGUGUACUAUGACUUCAGGAAGGCAAACCUGUCUAUUGAUGGAAUGGCGACAAUCUUUCCCAGUGGCAUCUUGAAACUUACAAAUGAUUCAACACAGAGUACCGGUCACGCUUUCUACAACUUCCCGAUCGAAUUCAAUACUUCAUCCUCCAGUUCAUCACAAUCACUAUCCUUCUCCACGGAAUUCGUGUUUGCUCUCAUCCCCGAGGUGGAAAGCCGAGGCCAGGGAAUGGCUUUUGUGGUAUCCCCGUCCACAGACUUGAGGUAUGGUGGUCCAACCUCAUACUUAGGGCUUUUCAAUAGGUCAACCGAUAAUAAAACGGAAAACCAUAUCCUAGCCGUUGAGCUCGACACUAAUAGAAGCCCUGAAGAAGACGAUAUAAGUGAUAACCACGUUGGGAUUGAUGUAAACAGUAUAGUCUCCAUAGAUUCUGCCAAUGCUAGUUACUUUUCUUAUACAGAAGGGAAGAACGAAAGUCUGGUGCUUGCUAGUGGAUUAAGUACUCUCAUCUGGAUAGAAUACGAUGAUGCUGAUAAACUGUUAAAUGUAACGUUGGCUCCAAUCCCAACUCAGAGAUUCAAUGCGUCUAUUUUGUCAAGAACCAUCAAACCAAGUUUGCCUCUCUUGUCGAAAUCCAUCAAUCUCUCAGAAAUUUUCCUAGGGAAGAUGUUCAUCGGUUUCUCUGGUUCCACGGGAACAAUCAAAAGUGAUCAAUAUAUCCUUGGAUGGAGUUUCAAGAAAGGUGGAAUAGCUGAAAGCCUUGACCUAUCAAAGAUUCCUAAUCUCCCUCCCCCAUCCUCACCUCCACCUCCCCCUCCUUCACCUCCACCUCCCCCUCCUUCACCUCCACCUCCAACCCCUGUGGUUACAAUCACGGUUGCUUCUAUAUCAGCAGUAGCUUUUCUGAUGAUAGUAGGAGCAGCUCUUUACUUUUACCAUAAAAAGAAGUAUGAGGAAGUUCUCGAACAAUGGGAGAAGGAAUAUAGCCCUCAAAGGCUCUCCUUUAGGACCCUCUACAAAGCAACAAAAGGUUUCAAAGAAAGUAGGCUCCUUGGAGCAGGAGGCUUUGGAAAAGUCUACAAAGGAGAACUCCCUUCCGGUACUCAAAUCGCGGUUAAGAGAGUAUCACAUGAGGCAGAACAAGGAAUGAGACAGUAUGUGGCUGAAAUUGUCAGUAUGGGAAGACUGAGGCACAAGAACUUGGUUCAGCUCCUUGGUUACUGCAGAAGGAAAGGAGAAUUGCUCUUGGUCUAUGAUUACAUGCCCAAUGGAAGCCUUGAUGACUACUUGUUCAACAGAGAGAACCCACAAGACCUCACCUGGUCUCAACGUUUUCAUAUCAUCAAGGGCGUAGCUUCUGCCCUUCUUUAUCUGCAUGAAGAGUGGGAACAAGUUGUACUGCACAGAGAUAUCAAGGCCAGCAACGUUCUCCUAGACUCUGAUCUAAAUGGACGUCUAGGAGAUUUCGGCCUUGCUAGAUUCCACGACCGUGGCACAAAUCUCCAAGUCACUCGUGUGGUGGGAACCAUCGGCUACAUGGCUCCCGAGCUUACUGCAAUGGGACUAGCCACUACUUGGACUGAUGUCUAUGCUUUUGGAGCUUUCAUGCUUGAGGUGGUUUGUGGAAGGAGGCCAGUAGACCCAGAAAGGCCACCUGAGCAGAUGAUUUUAGUUAAGUGGGUUACCAGUUGUUGGAGAAGAGGCGAUUUGCUGGAUACAGUUGACAAUAAACUGGAAGGAAACCGUGUACCUGAGGAAGUUGAGAUGGUUUUGAAGCUAGGCCUGCUUUGUUCACAGAAUACCCCAGAAAAUAGACCUACCAUGAGGCAGAUAAUACAAUACCUGGAAGGAAAUGCCACAGUUCCAGACAUAUCAUUUGAGACUGCAGAAAUUGGUAUACCCUCUAUAAGCAUUGAAGCACCAACAACAAUGCUGACAACCACUUCCUCAUCAGCAAAUUUCUCAUUCGACACUGUUACCGUUUUAUUUGGUGGUCGCUGAAGCCAGCACCCCAGAUUGUUGUGUGUGUAUAAGCAAGUGUUUGG